AUGUCCAUUGACAACUUGAACCAGCUUGAUUUAGGCUUGGUCAAGCAGCCCCUGUAUAAGUUGAAAUUGUUCAACCUCAAAGGCUUCGAAAACCUAAUCAAGACACCUGAUUUUACAACAGCUCCAAAUCUUGAAGUUUUGAUUUUAAAAGGGUGUACCAGAUUAAAAGAUGUUCAUCCAUCUAUAGGAGUUCUUACGAGGCUUAAACUUUUGAACUUAAGAGGCUGCAAAAAUCUUAGGAGUCUUCCAACCAAAAUUGAAUGGGAAUCUCUUGAAACAUUAAAUCUGAAAGAUUGCAAAAACCUUGUGAGCCUCGCAAACAGCAAAGGCGGGUGUAAGGGUUUAAGAGCUCUUAAUAUUUCUGGUUGUUAUAAAGUUGAAAAUUUGCCAGAGAAUUUGAAGCAACUAGAGUUUUUGGAAGAGCUUGACUUAAGUGAAACAGCCAGGAGAAGACCACCAUCUUUCAUUUUUCAACUUAAAAAUCUUAAAGUUUUGUAUUUCAAUGGGCCCAAGGGAGCAUCAUCUAAGUUACGAAUGAAUCUACCUUCCUUAUUGAAGUUAAACCAAAGAGCAAUGAUAGAACCCAUGCCUCUGAUGUUACAUUCAUUGUCAGGUUUGAGUUCAUUAAGAGAGUUGAAACUUAGGGACUGCAAUCUUUGUGAUAUUCCUAAUGAUAUUUCUUCUCUAUCCUCUUUGACUUUUCUUGAUCUUAGUGGUAACAAUUUCAUCAGUGUAUCUUCGUCUAUUACUCGACUUUCCAAGAUUGGUAUUCUUCGAUUGGAUAAUUGCAAGGAGCUUAAAUCAUUGCCUGAGCUUCUAACAAAUAUAGGAAGUCUGUUGGUAUCUGGUUGUGAUUCGCUUGAAGCAAUUGCAAAUCCAUCAAAAGUAUGCAAUUCAGUGAAUUGGGCGGAUAUUAGAGGUAUUAACUGUUACAGAUUAGCUGAGACCAUGAAUGUAUUUGGAAAUUUAAGAAAAGUGUUUACUGUUAUUAUAUCUGGAGGUGAAAUUCCAGAAUGGUUCAACCAUCAGAGAGCAGGGUUUUCAAUCAAGAUACCACUGCCUCACAAUAUUUGGAAUGAUAGUCAAUGGAUGGGAGUAGCUUUGUGCUGCACUUUUGUAACUGCUAAUACUUCCAGGCAUGAGCAGCUUGUGUCUAAUGUUAUUUUCCAUCAUAAAAAUUGUGGACAAGAAUGUGUUCUUCUGGAUUGUGUUGGCUUUCCUUUUGGCAAAAGUUAUUACUCUAACCAACCCGUAACGAAGGACCACUUUUUUCUUCGUUAUUGUUCGCGUGCCAGCUUCGUAACGAAGGACCACUUUUCUCUUCAUUAUUGUUCGCGUGCCAUCUUACUAGAUCGAGAUUUCUUGAAGGGUGAAUCUGUUGAAAGUGAAAGCAAGAAUUUAUCAACAUUAGAUCCCUCAAAUCAGGAAUUCAAUGAGCUUGAGCUGUCGUAUAUGAAAUAUUUUUGUGAUCAUGUUCACUCAGUUAAGGUGAAAAAAUGUGGGGUCAGAUUAGUGUAUGAGCAAGAUUUGGAAGAUGUCCAAGAGCAGCACAACAAUCAAACUUGUGUAACAAUUGAAGAAAUGAAUGAAGACUCUGUUGCUGAGGGAUCAAUAGCUAAUAGUUCCUUGUAA